AAAAAGGAAAAUGGUUAGUUUUUAAGCAUAUGUGGUGGCUUUGAGUGGGUUUAUAAGUGGUUAAUUUUGUAACUUUAUGCUAUUUUGGUAAAUAUGUUCCGCGAUUUAUCUGUGAGCAUUGACGAAGGAAAACGGUUAGUUUUCUCCGUCUGUGGUAGUUGUAUUUGGAUGUUUGAACGUCUAAUUUUGUAAAUAUGGCUAAUGUUGUGCUAUUGUGGUUAAACGGUUAGUUUUUCCACCUAUGGUAUCUCCAAUUUAAUCCCCAAAACUCAAACCAUGUUAGGGUUUUCCAUAUAGAGAAAAAAGAGUAAAAUCGAUAAAAGAGUAGUUAUGAAGGAUCCAAAUUUGGACUUAUUUAACCCGAGAACGGCAAUAAUGGACCCGGAAUAUUCCCCAACCCGUACCCGAGAACCCGAUUUCGCGUUCGCCUUCAGUGAUAGCAACUUCUCCGAUCGUGUCCAUCCUAGGUGAUUCAAUCGAUGGUUGUGAUGAUCCUAACAAUGGAUGUAAUAAUCUCGCUGAUUGGGCGUGUAACCGCAAACGCCGCCUUGAAGAUUUUUAAAAGGAGAAUGCUUUGGAUAUCACAGCAUGCCCUGAAGAACAGAUAAUAAGAUGUAAUCAAAUUGAUAGUGAAGAUGCUGAUACCGAAAAUCAAGACGAAUCAGUUGUUGCAAUGAUUGAAGAGCCAAACUCAGGAGAUGAAGCUGCUAAUAGUGACGAUUCAACUUGGAAUUGUGAUUCGCCAAGGGUUAUAAGAGUUAAAACACUACACAUUAGCUCCCCCAUUUUAGCAGCAAAGAGUCCAUUCUUCUACAAGCUCUUCUCAAAUGGGAUGAGAGAGUCUGAGCAAAGACAAGUGACUCUACGUAUUAAUGCUUCAGAGGAAGCUGCAUUGAUGGAGCUCCUGAAUUUUAUGUAUAGCAAUACGUUGACUACAAAUACCGGGCCUGCUUUGCUGGAUGUGCUCAUGGCUGCUGAUAAGUUUGAGGUUGCUUCUUGCAUGAGGUAUUGCAGCCGACUACUGCGUAAUUUGCCUAUGACUCCGGAGUCAGCUUUGCUUUAUUUGGAGCUUCCCUCUAGUGUCCUGAUGGCUGAUGCAGUUCAGCCAUUGACUGAUGCAGCAAAACAAUUCCUAGCCGCACGAUACAAAGAUAUAACCAAGUUUCAAGAAGAGGUCAUCAAGUUGCCUCUUGCUGGUAUUGAGGCAAUUUUGUCCAGUGAUGACCUCCAGGUGGCAUCAGAAGAUGCAGUAUAUGACUUUGUCUUGAAGUGGACAAGGGCUCAUUAUCCCCUGAUAGAGGAACGCCGAGAAGUUCUUAGUUCAAGACUCGGUCGUUGCAUCCGUUACCCUUUCAUGAGCUGCCGAAAGCUUCGGAAGGUUCUCACAUGUAAUGACUUCGAACAGGAGUUUGCAUCUAAGCUUGUGCUUGAGGCCCUCUUUUUUAAAGCCGAGGCCCCUCACCGCCAGCGAACUCAAGCUGCAGAAGAAUCAGGCUCGACCAGUCGUCGUUUUGUGGAGCGUGCAUACAAGUAUCGGCCUGUUAAGGUGGUCGAGUUUGAACUUCCAAGGCAACAAUGUAUAGUCUACUUAGAUCUUAAACGGGAUGAAUGUGCUAAUCUUUUUCCAUCUGGGAGAGUAUAUUCUCAAGCUUUUCAUUUGGGUGGACAAGGGUUUUUCCUGUCCGCACAUUGCAACAUGGAUCAGCAAAGCUCUUUCCAUUGUUUCGGUCUCUUUCUGGGAAUGCAAGAAAAGGGUUCAGUGACAUUUGCAGUCGAUUAUGAAUUUGCAGCAAGGACUAAACCAGCAGAGGAGUAUGUCAGCAAAUACAAAGGAAACUACACUUUUACUGGGGGUAAGGCAGUUGGCUAUCGCAAUUUAUUUGCCAUACCUUGGACUUCUUUCACGGCCGAGGACAGUCUCUAUUUUAUUAACGGCAUGCUCCAUCUCAGGGCUGAACUUACUAUCAGGCACUGAUUUUCUUAUCUCCAGAGUGUCAAUUACUACCGUUGUUUUGCUUAUUAGCUGAGGCAAAGUCCCGGUCUUUUCUUGGAGUAAGGUUUAGGUGUCAGUACUAACUGUCAUAGGUAUUGAAACAUUUUGUAAUGUUAUAUCCUUUUGACCGUAGUUCAUCCUUGUGCUCUCCAAACCAUGAGGGGAAGGAUGUAAAUGGAAUUCAGGGAGUGAGAGAUGUUGAUUGUUCUGACCUGUUUUAAUGCAAUACAAGCAUGGAGGUUCUCCUGAACAUUGUGAAUAGGUUAUGUUAACUUUCUUAUGACCCGGUAGACAAAUAUAUAGUUUAUUGUAGCUGUGUAUCAAAAUCUUUCUACUGAAUUACUGUAUUCCUUCUUAGCAAGUGAUUAAACUAAAUGGUGUGGUAAGGUAAACGUUGUGAUUGCUAAGCA